CUGCUAUUCAGCUUUUAAAUUAAGUGGGGGGUUUUCCCGAUUUCACUUUCACUGCACGACCCGUGGUACACAAAAGAUUGACUUGUUUUCGAUGAAAUUAGUUUGCGCUGGUGGUUGUGUGCACAGUGAACAGAGAUUGAAGGUACUUGAGCUUCUUAACUUCUGUGUAAGUUCGCUUAUUUCCAUUCUAUUUUUAUCGUUAUAGUGAAAGAUAUAGGCAUGCAGUCAAUAAGCUGUUAAUACGUCUUUGUACGGGUACAAAAUCAAAAUCAACUGUUUGUUACAAGGUCUGUUAACAGGCUGUGUUAAGAUCGAGGUCCCAUGUCUGUUGUCUUUAGAUGGAGUUAGUUUAGGUUUUGGGAAUUAUCGGUUGUCUCUAAAUAGCGUUCACCGGCUAUUCUUUCGAUUCUGGGAGAGUUUUGUUCAGAAAUAGACGAUCAUAAGACCUAUACGUUUUCUACACCUGCUGAUCUUGGCCUGCUCUUAAUUUAUUUUUAUAGCUAGUCUAUAGCUCAGCCUGAGGAAGCCUGAUGUAGAUCAGUGAAGCGCUAGAGCAUGAGGCAGUGGGUUCGAAUAGAAUCCCUUGGAAGCCCCGAAAUUAUCUCGGGGUUCAUUUGCAACUGCAAUUUAUAAAUUGCUGAUCCUUUCUCUAAUUGUUCUUACUAUAUUCUUCAUUCAAAAAUUUGUAAUUCUGCAGUUCAAAUCAAGUUCAUUUCAGUUUUGUAUUAUUAUUUACAACCUUCCAACAUAAUUUGAGUAAUUUGUCAUGCAACUAUGCUACUGACAACCAGGUCAAAACUAACGCAGCGAACCUUCGGUCAGUGUCGAAUGACCUAGAAGCAAUAGUACCAUCCCUCCUAUAGCAAGUGCUGCAUUGUUGCGCGAACGCGGUCGCUAAGCUUGAAUAUUCACGUCGUCGUUUGCGGUCAUAUCGAAGCGUAAAGGUCAACAGUGGUUGUUGAUGAGCGAGCAAUUAUUGUGCAGUUGCGAUGGGUUUUGUGGAGCAAGCGAGCCAGAAGCAGGAGCACACGUUACCUGCAGAUUAGCCGAUGGUUAUUUGGAGCGGAUUCGUCGAUUAUUCUCGAAUUUAUAGCGCUUCGUGUGAAGGCGCGUGGAGAUGGUAUGUUUGUUUUGUAGCCAGCCUUUAAUUCUUCUUUAGUGGAUAGUACCUACAAUUGCAAAACUCAACAAAAUGCCACUGAAACCGGCCAGAAAAGACAAGGAUACGUUCAGUUGAAGGUAUCUUAGCAUUGUUUUGUUAUAUUUUGACUUUUGGACUAUUUUAGUCCAUGGGAGUUUCGACGACUCAUCGCAUUAAUUUGUCCAUGUGAAUAUUAAUAUAUUCAUUCAAUGACACAUACUACGUCUGGGCCGCAUGUGCUGCAAAUAGUACUUUUACACUCAUGCUGUUAUUUUUUUUUUCGAUUUAAAAUUUACUAGUCUCAAGUAAUUUUACUUGACAUAUGUUAAAACAAAUAAAUGCGAGACCUUUUAAACACUGGUUCUAAAGUCCAAGCUGUGCAAAAGCCAUCCUGAGUCCCUAUUUCAACCCUUGGCUGAUGCUUCCCUGUGAUUGUUCGAUAGCCUGAGUAAGCCUGAUACUCAGGCUACUAAACGUUCGCGGGGGUUACCCCUCCUAAUCUAUCCACUCAAUACGAAUUUUUUCUUGUACUGUGUUCUUCAAACUGUGAUCACUAGCAAACAAUCCUCUUGAUUCCUGUUGUCAACACCAUCAGCUUUUCUCUCCUUGUUUCUGUUCAGUUCAAAGUUAAUUAACAGUGUUCUAGAAAUUCUAGAAAUUUUACCCUUUUUAUACAACCAAUCAUAAUUCUCGUCAGGGAUGCAUGGUGAUUAGGGUUUUUCCCGUGACGACCACUAUUCUUCUAAGUUAACUGGGGUUUUUCCCAGUUUCGCUUAUAUGCAGUGACCACAUAACGUACUACAUAAAGGAUUGACUUAUUUUUGAUGAAAUUAUUUUACUCUUCUAGCAUUGGUGUGCACAUUACACACAGAUUGAAGCUGAUUCUGAGCCUCUUAAUUUCUUAUUGUAAGUUCAAGAUACUAGUAAGUUUUAUGGAUUUUAUUUUUAUUAUUGUUAUAUAUUGAACGGGGUGCAUGCAGUUGUUCUUGCACGGGUUGAUCUACUGCUUGUUUCAAGUUUUGAGUCUAAAGAUCGAGGGCCCAUCAGGAUUCAAAGACACCCUCUUCGGCGGACUAGCUAAGCGAGCACUCUUUUGAAUCCGUUACAACGUAAUGAGAAUCACACACAAAUAUAGUUGUAUACAGGGGCGGAUCUAGGGGGAAGGUGCAGGGGGUGAGCACCCCCCCCUCUUGAGAUGACCUGCGGUUUUCUAAUACAGCUGGUAUUCUGCCAAAAAAAAAACUAUGUGGUUUAUUGGUGUUGAAGUAGAGCAAGAGACGAGUGCAACCCCUCCUAAAAAAAAUCCUGGAUCCGCCCCUGGUAUAGGAACAGCGGCAUCCAAAUACGUGAGAUGAUUCUUGCGUGUUUGGUUAAUUUGGAGCUGCCCUAAGAGCUAUUUAUCUGUUCGGAUGUCUUGGGAACUUUAAUUUGUUGGUUGUCAAUUAGCCUGCGCGCAGACGAAAUUAAACUCUGGUUAACUCCGUCUGCGAAACAGCGCCGAAAUCCUUGUUCUGGACUUCCAGCUGUGUACCCAGAUUUGAGUACGCGCCACGAUUGGCCAGUUAAAAAAGGCCUUUGUUUUGUUUGUCGUGAUCGCCAAUCAGGUUGAAGGGGAAUUCGAAACGCACUUCCGGUAAUUCGUUGAGUCCGUUGGCGGUCCAGAACAAGGAUCUCUGCGCUGCUUCGCAGACGGUACUAAUCAGAGUUUAGUUAUCGUCUGCACGCAGGCUAGUUGUCAAUUAGUUUUGGGUGGAUUUCGCAGGCCUUCUUCGAAACUGUGCUGUUAGACGAAUGGAACAGUUAUCCAGAAUUUUAUAGCCCUUCUCUAGAUCUCUAGCUUUAGAACUGACUCUCUAAUUAAUAUUUGCUCCUUCUAACAGUUAUUUUACAGAUCUAGAAAAAAACUCGUUGGGUGCCCCUGAUAGUAAGUGGUAAACUACAUUCAAAUUAAUUUUACAAUUAUGCAACUGAUGCCUGGCCUGUUUUAUUGUACCCUUAGAUCCUAAGUUCCUAGCAGCGGGUCAACAGGGACCCUUCCCCCAAAGUAGGGGAAGGGUGCAACCGCCAUUAGCACAAAACAUGGUUGUCAAGUCGAUUACAGACGAGCAGUUGAACUACUACAAGUUUUCAACCCUUGUCGUUGAUGAAUUCCCUAAAGCUCUACGCCAUACUUUCAAACACAUGUGGGACAAUUUCGGACCGGGACCGAUCUGGGAUGACUCCGAAGUUGUGCGAAACUUGUUUCUGGCAAUGGAGGGAAGCAACACCAAAGUUCCCACAAAUGAGUCGUAUGAGGAGUGGGAUUGUACCGCACUGUUUCAAGCCACAAUCUACGCAAAAGUCUUCUCUUCACCGGACAGCAAAGGUAACCUUAAAACACUCAGUGAGGUGUACGUGAAGCCCCGUGGGUUUAUGGACAAAGGAAGUUUCCACACCUUUGUGUUAAGUCCAGUUGGAAACGACGAGGAAACGUUCGCCAUUGCGAUUGAUCAGUUGCGACUCCUCCGAAAUUCAAUUUGUCAUACCGUUACUUCAAAAAUGGAUAAAACAACAUUUGAUCAGUACAUUGAACUUGCUAGAAAUGCGUUCAAAGCUCUUGGAGUGGAGACAGACUCGUUUGAUGUCGUUGGAAGUUGGGACGAGUCCCAUUUUCCUACUGAAGAAGUCGCUCGGUUGAAGCGCAAUAUCUGCCUCAUGGCAGUUGGUACCGGAGUUUUAUUUGAUUAGGCCGAUUUAGAUAGCAUGAUUGCUUUUUUAGCGAGGGUCUGAAUGGGGUUUUCUUAAUGAUAUGGUAAUUUUUAGUAAAAUUUGGCACGAAUCUUUUUUGGGGUGACUUGAUUUAAGUAGAGGUUUCUAGGUAUUCAAUACAAUCUGAAGAUUCAGAUGGUAUGGUGAACACUGAAUGAAACAUAAACAUUCAAUUUCUGAUGUUCUUAUUUUUCGUGUUAUAUCUUGAUUUAAUGCCUUCUGCAAAGAAAUACGGCAUACAGGUCCAGGGAUAUUUUUGGGCUUUGUUGCAUGGAAGCCCUAUAAAAGGCGUGACUCCGGCCCGGGCCGUCGCGGCUGCGGCCAAGGGAUUUUGAGUUUUACGCACCCCCACACCCUCUCCCUAUAGGCCUGUUUGGAUGUGUGUCUAUUUAAAACCCCAUUCAGACUGUCCAAAUUCACCAGGCGAUUCUUUUAGUCCUUUCACAGUAUCAAGUGCACUCUUGAAUAGAUUGUUUCAGGCUUGUAUAAUUAUACACGUAUGAAAAAUACUUCGAAACAUUCAACAACGGAAACAAACUUCAACUACUACUUCAGUUUCGUAGGAGAUUAAAUGUCCUUGGUCUACAGGAGACCAUAAGGGGGCUAUACACAGCUAUACACUCCUGUAAAAUUUGUUCUGAAUUGAUUCAAUGGCAUCAUAGCUUCAGCUCAGCUGUAGCUUUCUAACAAAUUCAGUCAUGCUUGAAGCACUUAAUAUUGUGAAAGGUGCUUUUUUAAUUAGUUACUUGACAUCAACGAGUCACUGAGAAUCGUGAGCCAGCCUCAAACUUUUCAGUGUUCAUUGAUGCCAAAUAAGGCUAUCAUAAUUGAUCACAAUGUACAUGAUGUAAACAGUAGAUUCAAUGAAAAUCGCCUUGGCGAAAGGGCUCGUUGAAUAAGCAGUCGAGCCUCUAAGUCGGCCAUUUCUUCUUAGCCUGUUGAAGGCUCGUGGAUGGUGGGGAUCAAUUGUGCGAAGUACCGAAAAAUGAGCACAGUCUGCUCUUGAUAGGGUACGUUCGUGAAUCAGGGUCAGGAGUCCAUAUCGCUCCGGGCCACUACAUAUGCAUACAGUUAAAACGCUAAUAUUCUUGCCAGGGAUUUUAGCUGAUGCCGGCUCCCGUAUUAUAGGGAUGUUUCCAGGAUUAUAACAAGGUAUGCGCAAGGCGAAAGUUGCCUGUAUUCUUAUUACAGGAAUCAGUACGUUAUUGCCAUGUAAUUUUAGCUGCUGUCCCAUUUUUUCGGGAUAUGAACCCGCCGUAAUCACCCGGUGUAAUCCGGCACACGGCGGUGUACGCAAGGCGAAAGUUGCCUGUAUCCUUUUUACAAGAAUCAGUGCGUUUUUGCCAGUGAAUGUUUAUUAGCUCCUGUCCCGUUGUGUCGGGAUAUGAAUCCGCCGUAAUCAGCCUGUGUAAUCACACGGAAUGUAUCCGGUGUAAUAACAAGGUGUGCGUAAGACGAGAUUUGCCUGUAUUCUUAUAAGAAUUAACUAGUAGUUUUUUCCAGGUGUUUUUCUUUUUAUGCCAGGGAUUUUUGCUAGCUUUUGCUGCUGUCCAGUAUUAUGGGGAUGUAUCCGGUGUACAGGGUGUUUCAAAAGUUCGUUCCGAUUUUUUCUUCGCUUAAAUUUCACUGAUUUUUAAAAAAUAACUUUUUGUAAAACUAAGCAUGUUAUUCAUUAUUCAUUUAACAUUGACUAACUGAGAUAUUAGCAACUAGAAUAUCGUCCUUUAUGUUUUCUUACUUUUUCUAAGCGGUGAGGUAUAGAAUGUGCGAGCUCCCAAAGCGUGUCUAUAUUCACAUUUUUCCAGAUGAAGCGUUAUCACUGUCUUAGCUCGUCCAGUGUUUUGGGGGCUGGAUCUUUGUAUGUUGUCCCAUCAACGAUAAUCCAGAUGGUCUAUAGAGUGUUCAGAUCACGUGAGUUGGCCGCCCCGUCGUGCUAUUGUCGUCCUAUGGUAUAAAGUUUACAAAUUCUUCUGGUGCCAUGCCUGCAUGAAGUUUGCACCGCCUUUUUUCUCUUCAAGGCUUUCCAACGUUUGUUGGUCAAAUAUCUCCCCACCGUUGUGCUCAAAACUUUGAUAUUGUUAAGUUGAAGUUUUUCUCACCUGGGAGUCUUGUUGAAUUAUUACGCAUAUACUUACAGCUUUUUCGAUAACAUUUCUCACAGUUUGUAAAAAAAAACGGCCAUCUACUCCUUGGAGUUUCCUUAGUUUGUCUUCUAACCUCUUUAUACUUUUGACCAGCUGUUCACUCAUCGUUCAGACGUCUUCAACAAUUCAUUGGAAAUUUCUUUGACUAAGUGGCCAGAAUACCGUAAAAUAGACGCCUGAGCUGUAGCACAAACAGUGUACGCCUUCAUUUUCGCGAAAGAGUUAAGAGAAAAUAAAAGAAAACGGCAAACAUACGAAAAUAGAAAACCUACAAAAUGGGCAGGAAAAAUAUGGCGGGAAAAAAACUCGCGUACGUGCACAUUUAGGGC